AUGGCCAGCUUCGACAUUCUAUUCAUCUCUCGACAAUCACUGGCGACAUAUCCAUUCUCCACGUCAAGCAGACAUGCCUGCCGUUCUUCUGACUAUGGUAUAACCGGCUUCGCGACCGCCCACAUAGCUCUCUCCUUCCUCAAACACGGCUGGACAGUCCACGGCACCCUCCGCUCCGACGCCAAACGCUCCGCCGUCGAAGCCAUCCCCGAAUACGCCCCCUACCUCGCUUCAGGCCAGCUCAAACUUUUCGAAGUCGGUCCCCUCGAAUCUGCCGACCAUAGAGAGGCUAUCAAAGGCGUCGAGUCGGUCGCGCACCCUGCUUCGCCGGUGGAGUUUGGAGAUGAGAAGUUUAGGGAGACGCAUUUGAAGCCGGCGUUGGAAGGGACGUUGGGUGUUCUGAGGGCUGUGGGUAGAGAGGGGAGUGUCAAGUCUGUUGUAUAUACCAGUUCGUUUGGCCUUGUGGGCCAGUACAAAUUCCACCCCACUGAGCUCAAGGGUCGCACUAUGUACUCGUACAGUACAGUACAUGAGUAG